AUGUCGAGCGCAGAAGGGCGAUACUACGAGGCAGAGUUUCCCGAGCUAGAGGAAAUCGUGGUCGUGCAGGUAAAGCGUAUCGUGGACAUGGGCUCCUAUGUCUCUCUCCUCGAGUACGACAACCAUGAGGGCAUGCUCCUCAAUAGCGAGCUCUCCAAGAGGCGGAUUCGAUCCUUGGCCAAGCUAGUGAAGGUUGGAAAGACCGAAAUUUGCAUGGUGCUCCGCGUAGAUCAGGAGAAGGGCUACGUGGAUUUGUCCAAGAGGCGAGUGGAGCCUGAGGACGCCCAGGCCAAAGAGGAGUCCUUCGCGAAAGCCAAGGCAGUGCAUGGCAUCAUGAGGCAUGUGGCCCAGACGCACAAGAUCCCGGUGAACGAGCUUUGCUGCAAGGCUAGCUGGCCUCUCUACAAGAAGUAUUCCAAUGCCUUCGAGGCUUACAAGAAGCAUAUCAAUCAGGAGAUCGACCUUUGGAAGGAGAUUGACUUCAGCCAGCCAGGAAUGGAUCUGACCGACCUGGCCGACAAGAUCAAGGAAGACAUUGAGACCAACCUCAAGAGAAGGCUAAUCCAGGCCACGAUCCGACUCCGAGCCAAGAUCGAGGUCUCCUGUGACCAGUACGAGGGCAUUGACGCCGUGAAGGAGGCUUUGGCCGAGGGCUUCAAGGCUAGCACCGAGGAGUGCGAGGUGAAGAUCAAUCUCGUAGCCCACCCGCUCUUUGUGCUGACGUGCAUAUGCAGGGAUAAGCCGACCGGCAUGGCAGUGCUCGAGGAUGCCAUGAAGAGGAUUGAGGACUCCAUCAAGGAGAAGAAGGGUGAGUACCUCACCGUACUCUUGCCGGAAGUAACUGGCCAAGAGGAGAAGCAGGCAGAGGAGUCCAGUGAUGAGGAGGACUCAGAGGAUGAAGAGGCUGGCAGCGAUCAAGAGGCAAUGCCCGACUUGGAUGAAGCGGCCAUGGCUGCUCUGAUGACAAAGAAGGUGGAGGGCGACGAUGAAGACUAA